UGUAAAUUGCUCGUGACCGUGAUGUGAGAAAUAGAAGUCACUCGUUAGUGCGUGUCAGAUCGCCUGAUGCACUUCUUUAUUGCGGGGCGAAAGGUGGAUCCUCGACUUAAAGAGUCAACACCUCUCAUCACGAGUGUAGCGAGCAGCAGAGGGGCUUGAUCUCUUGACAGCACUCUUCCUCUACAUCUUAUCUGAUGCACUUGCGCCCCUGGCACCUCUGGAAACGACUUGAGAAAUGAAUGGCUACGGAUCGCCCUACCUCUACAUGGGGGGCCCGGUGUCCCAGCCGAGAGCUCCCCUCCAGAGGACCCCAAAGUGUGCCCGCUGCAGGAACCACGGGGUGCUCUCCUGGCUGAAGGGGCACAAGCGUUACUGCCGUUUUAAGGACUGCACUUGCGAGAAAUGUAUUCUGAUAAUCGAGCGACAGCGGGUCAUGGCGGCUCAGGUGGCGCUGAGGCGGCAGCAGGCGAACGAGAGUUUGGAGAGUUUGAUCCCUGAGUCUCUGAGAGCGCUGCCGGGGAUCACGGUGGGGAGCGGAGAGCAGAGCGCGAACCCACGAUCAAGCGACAUAGACCUGCGCUGGAGCACAGAGACGGUGACCCCUAAACCGCCGCAAGACCUAAAUGAGGACCUGUCUGGUGGAGAGAACGGUGGUAGUGCCAGUGACAGAGAACCAGAAUCAGUCAGCUCCCCUGAGGAGUCCAAACCUAACCUGUGUUGCACCCCUGACACCUCAGACCCAACUCCCCAGGUUGAGGAGUCGCGCUCUGGCCUGUCUAAAUCCUGCACUGACCCAGAACCCAAAGCUGACAACCCCAAAUACUCCCCUGAGCCCAACAUCCUCAUCGAAGGCCUCUCCGGCUCUGUAUCUCUCCCUUUCAGCCUGAGGGCCAACCGACCUCCACUGGAGGUCCUGAAGAAGAUCUUCCCAGCCCACAAACCAGCAGUCCUGGAGCUCAUCCUGAAAGGCUGCGGUGGGGACCUGGUCGGAGCCAUCGAGAUCCUGCUCUCCAGCCGUUCUACGAUGAAACCAGAAAAGGUUCUGUCUGAAAACUCAGAUGCUCUGGUUCUCCCCUCAAACGGCCAUCUCUUUGAGCACCCGCUGAGUUCGUACCCGGUCUCAUCUUCCAAGUGGUCCGUCGGUUCGGCCUUCCGUGUUCCCGAUUCCCUGCGCUUCUCCUCAGAGCCUUCUGCUGGAGUUGUACCAGGCCCUCUUAGCAUGCCGCUCCAGCACGGCUUCCCCCAGCCGCCUCGAUACCCCCUCAUGCUGAGAAAUUCAUUGAGCCGUGGCCAAGCCGGGCCCUUCAUGCACAACGAUUUGACUCUUUGGAAUACCAUGACAUUACAGCAGCAGUAUCAGCUGCGGUCACAGUACGUCCCUCCGUUCUCAGGCCCCUCAGCCGGAGUGAUCCGCAGCUCACCACUUCUCACCAGCAGGCCCACCGAGGAGCAUCGAAUCAGCAUCCAGGAGGACAGCUGUCCUGUCAUUGCCAAACAGAGCAUGUUUGCUACAGAUGAGGAGUAUGAUGAAAGAUCUGACUCCUCAGACUCCAGGAUCCUGAACACUUCCUCCUAACUCCUCUACGGUUUCAAUAGAUGGAUGGAAAAGCACUGAAAUAUGUUUCAAAUGGGUUCUUGAAAUGAUAAAAAAAGAGACACUGCUCAUCUAGGAGCGCAUUGAAAAGAUAUACAGUGCAUUACUAGAGGUAUUGUAUUUCUAAUAGAUCGAGGUUGUUGUGCCAACUUAAUCAUGUGUGGAAUAACAUUAGCUUUCAUUUUAGGGGGGAAAUCAUUAAGGUACUAUUAUUUGACCAAAAAGUCUGAAUAACUUAAUAUAUUUGAGCACAGUCAUCUCUGUUUCCACUUUGCAUGAAAAGUACCAUUGAUAACAGUUUAAUGUAGAAAUAUUCCAGCAGUCCUGCAUGUAAAAGUAUGGCAAAUAAACCUUCUAUGUACUGUUAUUGUCACGGUGUUUGCCUCAGUCAAAUACCUAUGUAUUAGAUAUCUGUAAAACGAAACAAACUCUUUAAAAUAAAACAAACAAACAAAGAAAUACAUAUAAAACUGCCUUAAAAUAUGUCUUCAAAAAUUCAAUAGCAACUCUUUAGAAUAAAAA